CGGAACUGUCCCAGAGCAUCAUCAAACGGAUGCUCGACAAAUUUGCCUGACACAUCCAUCCCAGGCAGAGUUGGAGAAGAGAUGUGUGCAUUUGUCUCCAGACAUCGCGCCCAAUAACCAAAAUAUUCAGAUUUCUGGAAACGUUUUAUCACGAGCGAAAACAGCCAUGGCAGCGGUGGAUGACAGACAAAUGUGGGAGUGGGACCCAUAUGAAACAUCUCAGAAAAUAGAUUUUAUUUAUCGACCCAGUUCAUCAACACCAGUUUUACCUCCUACAACGACAAGAGCCUAUAGAAACUCCUAUGCUCUAGCAGGUCCUGUGGGCGCCACUGUGUACAAUGAGGACUUCUGUUGGAAGCCAGCCGCUAAACCUGACAGCAUUCGCACAGGAUCAGCCUCUGGGAACAGGAGGAACAACCCACAUCCCAGUCAGUCAUUCAUGGUGUGGCGACUUCCCAAGGGCCUGAAGCAGAGCUCUGCAUGUGGUUGGUCCCCCUGGAAAAGUCCUCCUUUUGAGGAAGAGAUCCGAAACGCUCUGACUGCCCAGUACCGGUCCACCUACCAAACUGACUACCUGGGCAUGCCUCAAGGACUUCAGUUGAACCACCCGAUUCUCGCUCCGCUGAACCACAAACGCCAAGUCCCUCACUGCACGCACACAGAGAUGAGGCACAACUACCGCCAGCCCAGGCAACAGUCUGAACUGCAGGGCAACAUGUCUCGCUACGGCAGUAACGCACUGCACGGCGUGGCCCCCAAGGGUAUAGUUCCUACUGUUGUUCAUGGUCACAUCCACAACCAGGAGAACAGGUCCCAGUUGACCACCUACGACAGACACUUUGGAGGGAAAACGACUGAUGUCUCGGCCGUGCUCCGCUCUCUACAACCCCAAGUGCUCCAGCAGUUCUGCAGACAUCUACCUGACAAAGAUAAGGAGAUUGUGCAGACAUUUUUGCACCGAGCGCCCCCUGUCGGCCAGGUGAAGAGAGGGCCAAAGCCACAUGUCCUCCCUCCUGCGUUGUCCAGGUCAGAGUGGAUGUCUGACUGGCCUGGGCCCCUGUGAUACUUAACUUUCUGUAGCAUCCCCCCACAAUCAUGUGACAACCAGAGGCACAGUCUAGUUAACAAGUGCCUUUGUGGAAUUGUGUGUACGAGUGUUUAUGCUGUGUUUGUGAGUUUUAUUUGCAGUGUUGUAACAUUUCUGAAA